GCCUCACAUCGACAAUCCACGCCGACAACAUUUGUCCAAUCGCCCAAGAUGCGGUACAUCCACUCGAAGGAGGAGCUGCAAAUUCCAGAUGGCGUCAAAGUCCACAUUAAAACGCGUAUCGUGACCGUCGAGGGCCCUCGCGGCAAGCUCACAAACAACCUCUCCCACUUGGCCGUCUCCUUCUCCACGCCUUCACCAGAUAUGAUCAACAUCGAGCUGCACCACGGCUCAAGGAAGAACGUCGCCACUCUCCGAACAGUGCGCACCAUCAUCUACAACAUGAUCGUCGGCGUGACGAAGGGCUACAAGUACAAGAUGCGAUAUGUCUACGCUCACUUUCCGAUCAACGUGAACAUGGAAAAGAACAAGGACACUGGGCUGUGGGAGGUGGAGAUACGGAAUUUCUUGGGCGAGAAGCUCGUCCGUCGCGUGACCAUGCAUCAUGGUGUCGAUGUGGAGGCAUCGAAGAAUCAGAAGGAUCAGCUCGAGCUAACCGGAAACUCCCUCGAGAACGUCUCACAGUCAGCCGCAGACAUCCAGCAAGUCUGUCGAGUGCGGAACAAGGAUAUCCGGAAGUUCUUGGACGGCUUGUAUGUCAGCGAGCGCGGCAACAUUGUCGAGGAGUAG